AUGGUGUCGACGCGAGACUAUUAUCCGCUUCUCGUCGUCAGUCCUCCUCACUUCAUGCUCCGCGCGGUGCCGGUGCUCGCGAUCGGCGGCGCGGGGCGCGACCGCCCCGCGGAGACCGACGAUGCGCUGCCGAGGUCGAGGCCGCCGGGGUCCACUCGCCGAUCGCGCGCCGAGAGAUCCAAGGCGUUCGUCAUCCUGCCCGCGUCGACCGACGCCGACGAAUCCGUCUGGACCGAGUCCGAGCGAGGGGCGGUGUUGGUGGGCACGCGCAAGGCUCGGCGCGCGCGGCAGCGAUCGCACGACAGGUGGAGGCGCGUGAUGUCCGUCUCGGGAGUUACGGGCACGUCGCCCGAGGACGUCCAGGCGCGCAUCGUGGAGGCGCUCGCGGCCAUCGAGCACGAGCGCGGUCGGCUCGACACCGCGCUGCGCCACAUCGAGCGCGGCUGCAAGUCGGACGUGGCCGUCGACGAGGUGAAGCGGCUGAAGAAGCUCAAGCUUCGGUGCAAGGACGACGCCGCGCGGCUGCGCAAAGCCGCGUCCAUGGCCGCGGAGGCGAGGACGCUCGGGGAGGGAUCCUUCGGCCGCGUCUUCCUCGGACGCGACGUCGACACCGGCGAGGACGUCGCCGUCAAGGUUGAGGACUCGGCCGCGGUGGACGAGGAGCUCGUGUGCGAGUCCCUCAGCUGGGACGAGGAGCUUCCGAGGAGCACCGUCCACGACGAAACGCACGACGACGAGCACGGGGAUCGAACCCGGGACGUCACGUGUGCCCCGAAGACGCCGCUGACGAGGGAACACGACGCGCUGCGACGCGUCACCGGGGUAGGCUUUCCCCGAGUUAGAUUCUUCGGCACGCAGCGCCGCGGGCUUCUGGGGUCCGACGCCCCGUGCCGUGUGCUCGUCAUGGACCUGCUCGGUCCGUCGCUGGAGGACAUGUCGUGGCGGUGCGCCGCGGGGGGGCCGUUGUCCAGAACAACGUGCCUGAUGGUGUGCGAUCAGGCGCUGACGCUGAUCCACAAGACGCACAAAGCCGGGUACGUGCACGGGGACGUCAAGCCCGAUAACUUACUCCUGGGCGCGGUGGGCGUUAAGGGUGGGGCGAGGACGGUGCACCUGGUGGACUUUGGGCUCGCGGUGCCGGGACCGAAGGAGGGCGAGUUGGACGACGACGAGGUUUUAGACGGCGACACAGCUGGCGGCGAGGCCCCCGGGGCCGGUGACUCGCCACCCGGCGACUCGUUAACCGGCGACUCGUUAACCAUCGCGUCGUCGCCGCCGCUCGCGCCCGGGAGCGGGUUCACCCAAGGAACUCCGACGUACUCGAGCGUCCGCGCGGACGCCGGAGGCGCGGCGACGUACGCCGACGACCUGGAGAGUCUCGCGUGGACGUGCGCGUACCUCAGAGCCGGAACCUCGUGUUGGACGCCGGCGAUCGAUCGAUCGCGCGUGGAAGCCGUGCUCGCGUGCAAGGCGACCGCGACGGAGGCGGACGUGGCGACGGACCCGAUCGACGCGGCUUGGAUCUGGGCGUUGAUCGCGCACGCGCGGUCGCUGCGGUUCGGGCAGAGGUUCGACCUGGGGUACUGCCGGGACGUAAUCGAUAAAGCGUUCGCGGCGGAGACUGGCGGGGCGCCGAUGGCGGAGACGCCGUUCGAUUGGGAGGAGGCGGGCGUCGUCGUGGGGUAG